AUGUCUUCACAACCAAAACUGCGUUCGCGUCAAAAACAUCAAGGACAACAGACCAACGUGACAGACCCUCAAAAUGUUGCAAGCCCACAAAAAAAUCAACAUCUCAUACGCCGACAGCGAAUCGUGCGUCAACCAGGCUUUUGGGAAAGAAUCUUUAGUGUACCUUUAGAUUAUAUCAUAAUGGUAAUAAACGAGUAUGAUUCUUUUGACUGGGAUGCAUGGGGCCCUUUCUUAAGUCUCUUGACAGCUAUCGCGUUAAACUGUAUGUUGAUUAUUGUGAAAAUUUGUUAUCGAUUUGAUCGACCUGAAUUUUCUUUUGAAGAAAAGCAAUUAGCGGAUAGAUCCUCUUACGCGUUAAAAUUGGAACUAGCAGAAUAUGGGUUUUUAAUAACAAGCGUGGUCAAUUUCAUCUAUCUUGCAGCGCAAAAUAAAAAAUAUCAAAUGUUUUACUAUCAGAAGCUGGAGCAACCAUUGACUUCAAACGCACAUUUGAUCAAAUUCAAUAAUGAUAUGCCUUCUUGGAUGGAUUCCUAUUAUGGCAGUAUAUUCUAUUUCUUUAAAUCGAAUACUUCUCUUAGCCAGAGCCAAAUAUGGGAGUUAAAUAUGUGGAAUCCAUCAAGUUUCUCAUUACACUUAUUUUGCUACUUUUCUCCUCCGCAAGUAAUGGUUUUGAUGGGACUUAAUUCUGAAAAUUGGCAAUAUUAUUUUCCGGUUGCUGCAUUCAUUACAUUACAGGUGUAUUUUCUAGUGAAAAUCUAUACAACUUAUGUCGAAGAUAAACAAGUUCUCUUUGGUGAAGUAACUUAUGAAUAUGAUAAUAAAUUUGUUUAUCCAACUAUCUUCAAGAAAAAGAACGAUAUAGGAACACAAACGGAUCCACUCAUAGAAUGGGAUAUAAUACAAUAA